AUGGCAGACGCAGGCCCACCAUCUCCCGAGGCCAUCGCGGCGGCGGUGGCCGCUGCGCGGACAUUCAACAUCACUCUCUGGACGCUGUAUGCGAUAGGCGUAUGCACCACGGCCCUGCGUACGUACUCUCGCUUUGACCAGGUUGGCUUCUCCAACUUUGAAACAGACGACUACCUCGUGUGGGUGGCAGUUCUUCUCUACACCCUCCAAGCAUGUCUGGGCUACCAAAUCGGCAACCUUGCCCAAGGCCUGGCAAACAACGGCAUGACGGAUGAGCAGCGGAUGUCGCUGCUUCCCAGUGACCCAGAAUGGGACAGGAGAGUCAUCGGUUCCAAGGUCCAGGUGAUGGGAUGGACCUCCUACUCGACCCUGAUGCUGGUCCUCAAGCUGGCCAUGUUGUUCUUCUACCUGCGGUUGACGAACGGCCUCGGUCGUCGUUACCGCAUGCGCGUCCACGCUGGGUUCGUGAUCAUCAUCGCCGGUUGGCUCGCCUCCGUCUUGGCUGUCUUCGUCGGCUGCAUGCCCUUCCACAAAUACUGGCAGAUCAACCCCAACCCAGGCAACAGUUGCCAGCCCGCCAUCGCCGGUCCCAUCGUCUGGGCUUCCUUCGCCGCGAACGUCACAUCCGACAUCUACCUUAUUGUCAUUCCACUUCCUCUUCUCUGGGGUUCCCGCCUCCGUCUGGUAGAGAAGAUCGGUUCCACCCUCGUUCUGAGCGCCGGCAUCUUUGUCCUCGUUUGCGCCACUUUGAAGACCAUCUUUGUCAUCACUGACGACGUCAACGGCGCCGAGCUCGCUGGCGCAUGGGGCACCCGCGAAGCCUUCGUCGCCGUCGUAACCACCAACCUCCCCAUGGUCUUCCCCCUCUUCAAAUCCUGGCUCAGACCCCUCUUCGGCUCCACCUCGCAGCGCACCACCGACAACAAGUACAAGACCCCGGAGGGUUUCCGCUCCAUCGGCGGCGGCGGCGGCGGCGGCUCCAACUCGCACUCCCAGUUCAGGAGGGGCAACGGGAACAACUCGAAUAUUUUGACCAAUGUCACCUUUACCGAGAGCGAGGAGAGGAUUGUGAAUGAGAUCAAGAUGCAGAACAUGAAGACUGAUGUUUCGGGGGGCGCGAGGAGUAUGCAUACCAAGGAGGCGGACCACAAGGGAAUUGUUGUGUUGACCGAGUUUGAUGUGAGUGAGGAUGCGAGGAGUGUGCAGAAUAGUGAGGCGGCGGCGCCGGCGAAGCCGAAAGAGACUUGGUGA